AUUACCGGUGUUGUCGGAGGCGGGGGAAAGAGGACGCUAUCGACGUUUUGCCGCCGUCGUUGUAGCCUGCCGCCUGCCAGUUUUGCGUGCCGUCUAUCUGUGCGCGUACACAUGAUCCAUCCGUUGUGUGGGUGUGGGCGCGUAGAAUUUUUUUUAGAAAUAUUUACAAAAAAAUUAUAUCUUAUUCGGUAGUUGAUUUUUUAAAAUUUAUUUUCUUCCAAAUAUUGACUACAAGAGUGUCGAAAUAUCAUUUACAGGUUGUGUGUUGUGUCGGGAUGUCGAUUUGUAAUAAUAUAUACACUAUUAUUAUCGAUUCGGCGGGACCGGGAAACCUCUGAGCCUUUCUUGGAGUUACGUACAGUGCAUUCCGGGUGCGGUGAUCUUAGUAAUAAUAAAAUAAAGUUUAGUGCUUUGUUAAUUGUUGAGUGAUGUACUGCAGUGACUAGACGAUUCAUUCUUAAGGAUUGUAAUUUACGGGUCGUUCCGUUAUAUACUAUGUGAAGAAGAUGAUGCUGACAAAUAAAUUUUCUGUGGUUUGGUUGGUUGCUUAGAUUUUAAAGGAGCAGACAUAAAGAAAAUAAUGGCAACGUGGAGUAUCGCCAUUCUGGCGACAGCUUUAGUAUUGGCUUGCCAAAUGUCACGAGCUGAUUGCGAAAGUGGCACGUUAUCACCUCAUAUGCAUCAUAAUAUUGCGAUACUUCCUAGUGAUAUCUAUCCUGGGUUUGGUAUCAAACAAUUUUCUAGUGAUAAUAAGUACGCGUACUUUCGAUUAUUGGAAACUGGAUUUUCUCAAUUUUUCUCUGUGCUCAAGGACGGUCUGCUUAUGACUACUACAGAUUUGGGAUUGCUAGUUAAGAAACCUGUUGAUUUGGUUAUAUUGGAAGAAUCGCCAAAUGCUACUAUCAAUCAUAACAUGCGAGUUUUUGUAUUAGAGAAACGAGAAAUGCUUCGGUUUUCAGAUGAUGCUUAUCCAGAUGGAAAGGUCAUGGAGAACAAACCUGCUGGAACUCGUGUUAAGGGAAUACCAGUUCUGCACGCAUUCGGUGAAGGGGUAGCAGGUCUUCCGAUACGGUACGCCAUAGUAGAUGGAAACGACGAUGGCGCUUUUACAUUGAAGACGGCCGAAAAUAUUGCUGGAAAUAUUACUAACAAGUCUUACUAUAAAGGUGUCCACCUAGUGACUAAAAAGCCGCUUGAUCGUGAACAGAAAUCAUUUUAUGAUUUAAUAGUGCAGGCGGCCGACGGUAGUGGUAUCGAUAAGGCAUAUACUAAAAUACAUGUUGAAGUUCUGGAUGAGAAUGAUAACUCUCCUGUUUUUGCUCAAACCCUUUAUCGAUUUACUAUUGAUGCGUUUAGUUUAGGCUUUGAUAAUGGAUCAAUGGCAGGUAUUGGACCAGGAAGGUAUACAAAUGUCGGACGAAUUUUUGCUACAGACGCUGAUGGCGAUCAUAUUGCAUAUAAGUUGAUGUCACCAAGCGCAGCUGUUGUGGUGGUGCCGCAGACGGGCGAGUUGCUUGUAUCUGAAGACGUGCUCAGGGCUCGCGAAUACUUCGAGUGUCAAUUUUUAGUAUCAGCUCACGACUUAAGAUCACCUUCAAGAAGUUCUUUCGAGCCUACUCGCGUCUGGAUUCAAUACGAUUAUGUUGUACUUGAUGAUGAUCUGUUAGUGCAAGAUUUGACCUCUUAUGAUGAUCCUGCUGGUACCGAACAUCGUAUCUACAAACGACGUGUAACUAGAGCUGUAAGACCCACAAAAAGAAUUGAAUUCACUGAAACCGACGGGGAACAAGAAGGUCAUAGUGUAUUUCCGUUAGAAAAAGAGACUGAAAAAGAAACGUUCAAAAUCCGAGACGAAAAUCCUUGGGUCACGGUUGAACCGUACGGCGCUGUACGUGUCAAGAAGAAGUGGGACUAUGAAGAACUAGGACCUGAAAAGACAAUUGACUUUUGGGUUACAAUAACUAACGCUGAUGUUGGAGACACCGAUAAUCAAAGGGUCAUCAUCCAUGUAAAAGAUGUUAAUGAUGAACCGCCGUAUUUUAUAAAUCGUCCUCUACCAAUGCAAGCUGUGGUUCAGCUAAAUGCACCACCAAACACGCCUAUAUUUACGCUUCAAGCCAGAGAUCCAGAUACUGAUCACAGCAUUCAUUAUUUUAUUGUACGCGAUAGAACUGGUGGAAGGUUUGAAGUAGACGAACGAUCUGGUGUAGUUAGGACCAGAGGAACAGAUCCAUUCCAGUUGGAUAUGGAGUAUGUAUUGUAUGUUAAAGCUGAGGACCAAAAUGGUCGAAUGGAUGAACGGCGUUUUCAAUCUACUCCCGAAGAACGAUUGUCAAUUGUUGGUGGUAAACGGGCUCCACAAUUUUACAUGCAAUCUUACGAAGCAGAAAUUCCAGAAAACCAAAAAAAAGAUUCUGAUAUUAUAUCAGUGAAAGCUAAAUCAUUUGCGGAUCGAGAAAUAAGGUACACACUCAAAGCUCAAGGACAAGGCGCUGGUACAUUUAAUAUUGGACCAACUUCGGGAAUCGUUAAACUAGCCAAAGAAUUGGACUUUGAAGAUCUUAGACAACCACAUGUUUAUUCUUUGAUUGUCACUGCCACUGAAGACUCUGGAGGUUUUUCUACUUCAGUAGAGCUUACUAUUCGGGUGACUGAUGUUAAUGAUAAUGCACCAAAGUUUGAAUUGCCUGAUUAUCAAGCGCACAAUGUGGAUGAGGAUAUUCCUCUAGGUACAUCUAUACUCAAAGUAAAGGCAAUGGACGCAGAUUCAGGAGAAAAUGCUGAAAUAGAAUAUCACGUUAGUGAUGACCACUUUGCUGUUGACUCUUCCGGGAUUGUUAAUAAUAACAAACAACUGGAUGCCGAUAACAACAAUGCUUACUACGAAUUUGUGCUGACUGCCAAAGACAAAGGUGAACCAUCAAAAACAGGUACGGCAACCAUCAGAAUUUACACGAAAAACAAAAAUGACGAAGAGCCAAAAUUUUCACAACAAGUGUACACACCUAAUGUUGACGAGAACGCAGGACCAAAUACAUUAGUCACUACAGUAGUGGCAUCUGACAAAGAUGGAGAUAAUGUGAGAUUCGGAUUCGUUGGAAGUGGCACAUCUUCUGGUCAGUUUGUAAUUGAGGAAAUUACUGGUGUCAUACGACUCCAUUCCAAGUCUAUAUCAUUAGAACGAGACAAGUACGAAUUGAAUGUCACAGCUGUUGAUGAUGGUGCUUGUUGUGUUAAUGGAGCCGCCACUAUUCACACGAGUACUGCAGUUGUGGUGGUUUUUAUUACUGACGUCAACGAUAACAAGCCUGUAUUUCGAGAAUGUGCUAAAUAUAAUCCUAAAGUAGAAGAAGGUGCUCCUAACGGAAGUCCUGUGCUUAAGGUGCACGCUACGGACGAAGAUAAAGGAGUAAAUGGACAAGUGAAAUAUUCUAUUGUACAGCAGCCAAAUCAAAAAGGAACUAAAUUUACUGUUGACGAAGAAACCGGAGAAGUAUCCACUAAUAAGGUAUUUGAUAGAGAAGGUGACGAUGGUAAGUUUGUUUCAGUCACCAUUAAAGCAACUGAUCAAGGCGAUCCGUCACUAGAAGGUGUCUGUUCAUUUACUGUCGAAAUAACUGAUGUUAACGAUAAUCCUCCGCUGUUUGACCGACAAAAAUAUGUAGAGAAUGUAAAGCAAGAUGCUAGUAUUGGUACCAAUAUCCUAAGAGUUUCAGCAUCUGAUGAGGAUGCGGACAAUAAUGGAGCAAUUGUUUAUACACUAAGUGCACCAUAUCCUGGUGAUGAUUUGGACUAUUUUGAAAUUCAACCAGAAUCUGGCUGGAUUGUAUUGAAAAAACCACUUGAUCAAGAAAGGUAUCGUCUACGUGUAAGAGCUUCGGAUUGUGGUCAGCCACCGUCGUUUGCUGAGGUCGAUAUCGAGUUGGAUGUAGUCGAUCGGAACAAUAAGCCUCCUCUUUGGGAACACAGCGUGUACGGUCCUACACACAUCAAAGAAAAUGUCACAAUUGGUACCAUUGUGAUUUCGGUGAAAGCUAGUUCGGGUAUAGAAGGAAAUCCAACUGUAUUUUAUCGUUUAAUGCCAGGAUCAACAGCUCAAACUAAUAAGUUUCACACUUUUUAUCUACAACAAAGACCUGACAACGGAUUUACCUGGGCUGACAUCAAAGUGAAUCAUCCUUUAGAUUUUGAGACAAACAAAGAAUAUAAUUUAACUAUUCGUGUUGAGAAUAACGGAGCUCAACAACUUGCGUCAGAAGCGACAGUAUUUAUAAUGUUAGAAGAUGUCAAUGAUGAGAUACCAUUGUUUACUGAAAGAGAACAGGAAACCGUACUCGAGGGCGAACCUAUUGGCACUAAAGUAACUCAGGUCAACGCUAUUGAUAAAGACGGUACAUUUCCCAAUAAUCGGGUGUACUAUUAUGUGGUUGAUUCACCACGUAAUGAAGGAAAAGAUUAUUUUGAAAUUAAUACAGAAACUGGAGAAGUGUUCACUAAAGUAGUAUUCGAUAGAGAAAAACAAGGAGCUUAUGCCUUAGAAGUAGAAGCUAGAGAUGGAGCUCCAUCAGCUCGACCUGGAAAUGAUAACGCUCCCAAUUCGGUAUCAAAGUUUAUUCGUAUUGGUAUCGCUGAUAAAAACGACAAUCCACCUUACUUUGAUAAAGCUUUGUAUGAGGCUGAAGUAGACGAAAAUGAAGAUAUUCAACACACAGUAUUAACUGUGACAGCCAAAGAUCAUGAUGAAUCGUCCCGUAUUCGUUACGAAAUUACUGGGGGUAACUUAGGAGGUGCUUUUGCUGUUAAAAAUAUGACUGGUGCAAUUUAUGUAGCUGGGCCUCUUGACUAUGAAACUAGAAAAAGAUACGAACUACACUUGUCGGCUUCGGAUAACCUCAAAGAAAAUCAUACCAUAGUGGUGAUACACGUGAAAGAUGUCAAUGAUAAUCCACCGGUGUUCGAACGGCCAACUUACAGGACACAGAUCACGGAAGAAGACGACCGCAAUUUACCUAAACGCGUAUUACAGGUUACAGCUACUGAUGGUGAUAAGGAUCGUCCACAAAACAUUGUAUAUUUUCUCACCGGUCAGGGAAUAGAUCCCGAUAAUCCAGCCAAUAGUAAAUUUGAUAUAAACCGCACAUCCGGUGAAAUAUUUGUGCUCAAACCCUUAGAUAGAGACCAACCAAAUGGUAGACCUCAAUGGAGAUUUACUGUUUUUGCUCAAGAUGAAGGCGGCGAAGGCUUAGUAGGAUAUGCGGACGUGCAAGUGAAUUUAAAGGAUAUCAACGAUAACGCUCCAUUGUUCCCACAGGGUGUUUACUGGGGCAAUGUGACUGAGAAUGGAACGGCUGGAAUGGUGGUAAUGACUAUGACGGCUGUGGAUUACGACGAUCCAGCUGAAGGUACUAAUGCCAAACUAAUAUACUCGAUAGAGAAAAAUGUUAUUGAAGAAGAAACUGGCACACCAAUAUUUGAAAUUGAAUCCGAUACGGGUGUGAUCAAGACAGCUGUGUGUUGUUUGGACAGAGAGCGAACACCGGAUUAUUCUAUUCAAGUUGUAGCUAUGGAUGGCGGAGGGCUAAAAGGUACAGGUACAGCAUCAAUACGAGUGAAGGAUAUCAACGAUAUGCCACCACAAUUCACCAAAGAAGAAUGGUUGACAGAAGUUGAUGAAACUGACGGUGCAAAUCUACCAGAAACUCCUAUUUUGACUGUAACGGUCCACGACGAAGACGAGACAAAUAAGUUCCAAUAUAAGGUAAUUGAAAAUAGCGGUUAUGGUGCUGAUAAAUUCACUAUGGUUCGCAACAACGAUGGUACAGGCUCACUGAAAAUCGUCCAGCCGUUGGACUACGAAGAUCUGUUACAAAGUAACGGAUUCCGUUUUCGUAUACAAGUUAAUGAUAAGGGAGAAGACAAUGACAACGACAAAUAUCAUGUAGCUUACUCUUGGGUGGUAGUCAAAUUACGUGAUAUAAACGACAACAAACCACAAUUUGAGAGACCUAACAUUGAAGUAUCUGUCUAUGAAAACGCAGAAAUCGGAAAGAGUUUGGAAACAUUUAAGGCUACUGAUCCAGAUCAAGGAGGUAAAAGCAAAGUGUCAUACGCUAUUGACCGAGCGUCGGAUCGUCGUCGACAAUUCCGUAUUAGUCAAGAAGGAACUGUGUCAAUACAACGACAGUUAGACAGAGAAGAAACACCCAGACAUCAGGUUAAAAUUUUGGCUAUUGAUGACGGUAUUCCGCCCAAAACAGCUACAGCUACUCUAACAGUUAUUGUUCAGGAUAUCAACGAUAAUGCGCCAAAAUUACUAAGAGAUUAUAGACCGGUAUUACCAGAACACGUUCCUGCACGCAAAGUAGUAGAAGUUUUAGCCACCGAUGAUGACGACCGUUCUAAAAGCAAUGGACCACCUUUUACGUUCCGAAUGGAUCCCAAUGCAGAUGAUGUUAUUCGAGCUUCUUUCAAAGUAGAGCAUGAUCAAAAGGGUGCAAAUGGUGACGGAAUGGCUGUAGUGUCAUCUCUUAGAUCAUUUGAUCGAGAACAACAAAAAGAAUAUCUUAUACCAAUUGUAAUCAAAGACUCUGGUAAUCCAGCUAUGACAGGCACGAGUACAUUAACAGUAGUAAUUAGAGAUGUAAAUGAUAACAAGAUGCAACCGGGUUCAAAAGAAAUAUUUGUUUACAAUUAUAUGGGUCAAGCACCCGAUACAGAGAUUGGUCGUGUAUAUGUAUAUGAUCUGGAUGACUGGGAUUUGCCAGACAAAAAAUUCUAUUCAGAUGGUACAGAACAUCCUAGGUUUAAACUAAAUGAUACUACCGGAAUGAUAACAAUGCGACAUGGUACCCGAGAAGGGCAGUACCACUUACGUUUUAAAGUGUAUGAUCGGAAGCAUACACAAACUGAUAUUUCUGCAAAUGUAACUGUAACUGUGAAAGAAAUUUCUCAUGAGGCAGUUAUAAAUGCUGGAUCCAUUCGUAUUGCUGGUAUUACCGACGAAGACUUUAUUAGAAUAUGGAACUAUAGAACUCAAAGUUUGGUCCGAAGCAAAUUGGAUAGAUUUAAAGAUAAGUUAGUUGAUAUUUUAAGUACACCUAGAGAAAAUAUUGAUGUUUUCAGUGUUCAAUUGAAAAGAAAAUACCCACCGUUAACUGAUAUAAGGUUUUCCGCACAUGGAUCACCUUACUAUAAAACAGUAAAACUGAAUGGGCUCAUAUUAAUGCACCGCGAAGAAAUUGAAAAAGAUGUUGGUAUCAAUAUCACUAUGGUUGGUAUUGACGAGUGUUUAUAUGAGUAUGCUACUUGUGAGGCUAGUUGCACCAAUGUAGUAGAAAUCAAUGCACUCCCAUACAUGGUGAAUGCUAACAAAACAGCUUUAGUUGGUGUUCGAAUCGAUUCAAAUGCUGAAUGUACAUGUGGUGCACGAAAUUUCACCAGUAUGGACACAUGUAGAAAUAGCCCAUGUUUAAAUGGCGGUAGAUGUACAGACACUAAAAAUGGUCCGAUAUGUGAAUGUCCUUCUGACUUUAAUGGACCAAGAUGCCAGCAAACAUCACGAAGUUUUAGAGGAAAUGGAUGGGCAUGGUAUCCACCGUUAGAAAUGUGUGAAGAUUCACAUUUGAGUUUAGAAUUUGUUACAAAGAAAGCUGAUGGUUUACUUUUGUAUAAUGGACCGAUUGUACCACCUGAGCCUGAAGAAACUUUAGUAUCUGAUUUCAUUUCAUUGGAACUAGAUAGAGGUAGACCACGUUUGCUCAUAGAUUUUGGCUCAGGUACUUUAGAGCUUAAUGUAAAAACUAAAAAAGGUUUACAAGAUGGUGAAUGGCACAAAAUUGAUAUAUUUUGGGACACUGAGAAUGUACGCCUAGUUGUUGACAACUGUCGAUCAGCUGAUGUACGUGAACUGGAAGAUGGUUCUCACCCUGAAUUUGAUGACUCAUCUUGUCAAGCUCAAGGCACUAUACCACCAUUUAAUGAAUUUUUGAACAUCAAUACACCACUUCAGUUAGGUGGAAGGUAUAUGUUAGACUUUGACCCAACUCGCUAUCAUUGGCAAGCGGCUCCUUAUGGUAAAGGAUUUGAUGGCUGCAUUAGAAAUGUGUAUCACAAUAGUAAACUUUAUGAUUUGGCGGAACCGGGUUUGACACGAAAUAGCUAUGCAAAAUGCCCUCAAACAGAAGAUCUUUGUUUGCAAACAACCAGUACACGUGGAUGUUUGAAACAUGGAACUUGUGUUGGAAGUAUGGAUGAAGCAAGAUGUGAAUGUCUACCUGGUUGGUCUGGUGCUGAUUGCAUGACUGCUACUACACCUACUACUUUUCGACCACAGAGUUAUGUCAAGUAUGCUUUGUCGUUUGAUGCUGACAAAUUUAUGACCAAAAUUCAGUUACGGUUUAGAACAAGAGAAGAACAUGGAGAGUUGUUUAGAGUCAGUGACCAACACAAUAGAGAAUAUGCUAUCCUUGAGAUAAAAGACAGCAAACUAUACUUUCGAUAUAACUUAAACAGUUUAAGAACAGAAGAAAAGGAUGUAUGGCUAAGUGCUGUGACUGUAGAUGAUGGUAAAUGGCACUUGGCUAGAGUGUCUAGAUAUGGUUCAUCAGCAAUACUUGAACUCGAUGGCGGUGAAGGAAAACACUACAAUGAGACUUACAGAUUUGAAGGUCAUCAAUGGCUUAUGGUUGAUAAACAAGAAGGAGUAUAUGCAGGAGGCAAAGCAGAAUAUACAGGUGUUAGAACAUUUGAAGUGUACGGGGACUUCCAAAAAGGCUGUUUGGAUGACAUUCGAUUGGAAGGUAGAUAUCUGCCAUUACCACCAGCUACUAAUGGCACUCAAUGGGGGCAAGCUACAAUGGCUCGAAAUGUAGAAAGAAACUGCCCAUCAAAUAAACCUUGUGCCAAUGUUAUUUGUCAAGAGCCAUUUGAGUGUGUUGACCUUUGGAAUUACUAUGAUUGCACUUGUGGAGAAGGACGCAUAAUGACUGCUGACCGUAAAGGUUGCGUUGAUAAAAAUGAAUGUCUUGAUAGUCCAUGCAGAAAUGGUGGUGUUUGUUUAAAUCAAGAUCCUAGAAUGCGAUAUCGCUGCAUAUGUCCAGAUGGAUUUUGGGGAGAAAAUUGUGAGUUAGCUCAAGAAGGUCAAAAACUAAAAAUUGGAACAGGUGCUUUAGCUGCAAUUCUUGUUUGUCUUUUAAUAAUUCUCAUAUUGGUGUUGAUGUUUGUUGUAUACAAUCGUCGACGAGAAUCACAGAUCAAAUAUCCAGGACCUGACGAUGAUGUGAGAGAAAAUAUUAUUAAUUAUGAUGAUGAAGGUGGUGGUGAAGAUGACAUGACAGCUUUUGAUAUUACACCUUUACAAAUACCCAUAGGCGGAUCCAUUAAUAAUAUGCAUCCUCAAAAAUACAAAUAUCCCACAAUGCCAACAGGUGUUGAACCCAAUGUUGGAAUAUUUAUUGAAGACCACAAAAAACGAGCUGAUGGAGACCCCAAUGCUCCACCUUUUGAUGAUCUACGAAAUUAUGCUUAUGAAGGAGGCGGUAGUACUGCAGGAUCCUUGUCUUCAUUGAACACAGGUACUGAAGAAGACCAUCAAGACUAUGAGUACUUGAUGGCAUGGGGAUCUCAUUUUGAUAAGUUAGCUGAUAUGUACAGUAGAGAUGGAACUGGUGACCUUGAACUAGAUGAUGCACAAUUGUAAUUUGUUUAAAUUCAUUUUUUGUGUAUUAGUCAGCUGUACAAUUUUUGACAUCCACUGAACUGAAAAUCUAGUCAUAAUUGUAUAACUAUUUUAUAAAUGAACUUACCCAAUUUUUUUUUAUUAAAUUGUAUUAAAACGAUCUCAAAUUCUCAUUUGGCUGCCAUUUACGUUAUUGUAUCAUUAUAUUAAUGCUUUAACCAUAUCUCACCUUAUUAGAAUAAUUAAUUUCAAUUAAAUUUAUUAGUUUACUAAUUAGAUUGCCGCCAUCCAAAUUAUUAUUUAUUUAACUCAUUAACUAAAAAUGUAUAUUUUUGCAUUCUUUAUUUUUACAUUAUUUACUUAUUUAAAGGCUUAAAUAUACAAUGUUAAUGUCAAAUUAAUGAAAUUACUAUUUUUUAUAAAUAGUAUAAAUGCAGGGGUGAAUGCUACUUUUUAAUAAAUGCUCAAAUUUGGCUUAGAAUACACAAUUCACAAUAUACAGUUCACAAUUCAUUUACAUUUAUAAAUAUAAAUUUGCUUUUUAUAAGGUAAUUUAAACUAUAGAAAUAAGUAAAAUAAAAUUGUUACAAUAAAAUUAUUAAUCUACGCUGAACAAAAAAUAUUUUUUAAAAGUUUGUUUUAAAUGCGUAUUAAUAAUAAUAAAUUUCUUAAAUAACAUAAGUUAUGAAUAGCAGUUAAUCAUCUAUUUGUGUGAAAAUGUAAUUAAAUUUAAUCUCUCAGCACAUAUCUACUGGUGAUAAUUUCAUCAACGUUGAUUUGAAAACUUAAAAUAUAAUUAAUCAAUCAUAGUAUUAUGAUAUUCAAUAUUAGUUUUCUAUCAAUAUAUUGUAAUAUUUUUGUUAUGUAUUAGCAUUUUUUAUAGAAAAUGAAAAUUUGACAUUAGAAUUACCUCACUUACAGUAAGAGUUGUACUCUUCCCUUCAUCCCAUUCUUCAGUAUAUGUUCAUCCUUUAAUUAAUGUGGGUUUGUUAUUGUAUUAAUUAAAUUAUUAUUAUUAUUAUUAUUGUGUAUACAUUUGUGUAAUGUAGAACUCAUUAGAAAUUUUGUCCUAGUUUAAAACUUGAUGUUCCAAUUUUAUAUGAUAAUAAGUUUAUAUAAUUAGUUUUAUUUUUAAAUAAAUUUAACUAUAAUCUUUAAUUUAAGUUUAAAAUUAACAUUAAAAAUUUGUACAAGUGAAUUUUUUUUUCUUUACAUUUUUAUAUUCAUAUAUAUUUUUUUUUUUUUACAAAAUUUAUUAAUAGUUAAAUAAAUUAUACGAAAGGUGCUCGCUGGUCAGUCUGUUAUCCUUGUUUAUAUAUCACUGUUUAUAAUGUUCUUUUUUUUUUAUCUAUCUAUAUAUAAUCUAGAAUAACUGGUCACAGGCUACCACAGCAACUAUAGUUUGAACUAUUAUUUUAUAAAUGAAUAGCUAGCAUACUAAGUAUUACUUAAGGAUAUAAGUGCUGCACUGAAAAUGAUCAAAUUUCACUUUUUAAAAUCCUAACAUAUUAUCACUAUAAUUAUGAUAACAUUUUUAUCACUGUUAAUAUUGGUUCAACAACUUUGUAAUCAUGUAAUGCAUUAAGUUAAGACUACACAUUUUAUAUUAUUAAUUGUUAAGAUGAACUCAAUUUGUUGAGAUUUAAACUAUUAUUAUAAUAUUAAGUGUAAUAUAAUGAAUGAUGUAUAAAUAGUAAUAAGUAAACAUUCCAAUGUAAAGAACACUGGAUCUAACUCAAAUUUUGAGCUUAAUUAUGAAAAAUUAAAAAAAAAACACACAAAUAACUAAUGUAGAUAUUGUCAAAAAAAUUCAUUUUAACUAAAAAAUAAUGACUUCGAUUAAAGUAUUAGAUUUUUUUUAUUUCUAAAUAAUUUGUUUAAUGUUCGUAUCAUUUUCUAAUAACAAUUUAUAAAUAAUGGUUUUUGUUUUGAAAUUUAUUAAUUCUUCAUAUAAAAAAAAAUAUGUCUAUUAAACAAGUUAUAGAUUUAAUAUUUUUAAUCUCUACAAUUGAAACUUAUAUUAUUAGUAUAUAAUUUAGUGCCUGUUUUUCAACAAAUUUUUUAUAAAUUUUUUUUUAUUAUAAACAAUCAAAACAAUUUUUAUGACCUCCAAAACAGGGCUUUAGUUUUUUAAAUUUUUAAACAUUUUAAUAAGACUGUGUUAUAAAAAAGUUUCAAAAAAAAUUAUUUUCAAUUGCAAUUUGUUCUGAAAGAUUUUUGACAUAUAUAAUUUAUAAAGACUUAAUUAAACUAUCCAAAACAUAUUAUGUAUUGGUUAUCUAAAAUCACAUCAUCUCGUCAUCUUAUAGUAUUUAUAUCUAAGCUAGUUGAAUCCAAUUUUUCAAUGUAAAAAAAAAUUUCUAGUCAUUAUACCAAUUACUUUUGUUUUAAAUGUAUAUUUUUUUUGGGUUAAUUAUGAACUACUGCAUUGUAUAACUUAAAUAAUUAAUUUUAAAUGUUGUAUUGUGUAGUAUCUAAGAUAAUAUUAAUGUAGGAUAUGUAAGUGAAUAAAAUGAUUAGUGUAUUAUUUAAGUACAUAAAAAUUUGUGAAAUGGCAUUAGAGAAAAUUAUGCAUGAAAGGAAGGGCAAUUUUAAAUUGUGUUUAAAAUGUAAAACACUGUAAUAACAAUAAAAUACUGAAAAUAAAUAAUUACAAUAACAAAAAUUA